GGGAGGGGCGGGGUUUCCUCAGAGCUGCUGCGGGAACGGAACGGAGACACCUGGGGGGGACAGGACAGCUCAGCCUGUCCUGAGACCUCACCUGUGGUGGCCCGAGCCCACCUGAGCACACCUGAACUCACCUGUCCUCACCUGAGCUCACCUAAGCACUCAUGAGCCCACCUGAGCCCACCUGAACUCACCUGAGCACACCUGAGCCCACCUGUCCUCACCUGCCAUGAGGAUUUGGGGCCCCCCUCACCUGGGGGCUCACCUGGGGCUGCUCCUGCACCUGUGGGGGCUCUGCGGUGUGUCCCCAGGUGUGACCCCGGAACCCCCAGGUGAGCCCCAGGAGGGCCAGGUGCGCCUGGCCGGGGGCCCGCACAGGUGCGCGGGGCGCGUCGAGGUGUUCCACGCGGGCAGGUGGGGCACGGUGUGCGACGACACCUGGGACCUGGCGGCCGCGCGGGUCACCUGCCGCCAGGUGCGCUGCGGCCCCGCCCUGUGGGCGCCAGGUGCGGCGCAGUUCGGGCGGGGCUCAGGUGUGAUCUGGCUGGACGGGAUCAGGUGCGCCGGGAGCGAGGCUCACCUGGCCGAGUGCCCCGCCCACACCUGGGGGCACAACGACUGCUACCACGGGGAGGACGCCGGGGCCGUGUGCGCAGACUCGCUGGAGCCGGAGCCGCCUCACCUGCGGCUGGCCGGGGGCGGGCACCGCUGCGCGGGGAGGGUGGAGCUGCUGCACCUGGGCAGGUGGGCCGGGGUCUGCGGGCACACCUGGGGCCCGCGCGAGGCUCAGGUGGUCUGCAGGUACCUGGGCUGCGGGACCCCCCUGGCCUCACCUGGGGGCGCCUCACCUGGGGGCGCCUCACCUGGGGACGCACCUGGGGACGCACCUGGGGACGCACCUGGCCAGGUGUGGCUGGACCAGGUGAGCUGCAAAGGCACCGAGAGCGACCUGAGGCAGUGCAGGGCGGGGCCCUGGCGGGAGAGCACCUGUGGCCAGGGGGGCGUGGCCAACGUGACGUGCUCAGGCUGGGCGCUGGCCACGCCCCCCCAGGUGCGCCUGGCGGACGGGCCAGGUGCGUGCGCGGGCCGGGUGGAGGUGCUGCACCUGGGCAGGUGGGGCACGGUCUGCGACGACACCUGGGCCUUCCCGGCCGCCGCCGUGGUCUGCAGGUACCUGGGCUGCGGCCAGGUGAUCGCGGCCCCGCCCCGCGCCCGCUUCGGGCCCGGCCGCGGCCAGGUGUGGCUGGACGGGCUCACCUGCACAGGUGAGGAGGCCGCGCCCUCCGAGUGCCGCCACAAAGGGUGGGGAGUGCACACCUGCGAGCACAGCGAGGACGCCGGGGUGGUGUGCGCAGGUUCGGGCCUGGCUGACCUGACUCACCUGCGCCUGGCCGAGGGCCCGCACAGGUGCGCCGGGCGCCUCCAGGUGCGGCACGAGGGGCGCUGGGGCGGGGUCUGCGGCCUCACCUGGGCGCUGCCGGCGGCUCAGGUCACCUGCCGCUACCUGGGCUGCGGCCCCGCCCUCGGCGCCGCCCAGGUGAGCGUGCCCGGGGAGGAGCUCACCUGGCUGGAGUGGCUCAGGUGCGAGGGCGGCGAGGGGAACCUGCUGGAGUGCCAGGUGAGCGCCUGGGGCGCCGCCCACUGCCCGCACGCCACCGUCACCUGUGCACAGCCAGGUGAGACCCCAGCGGCCCCAGGUGAGGCCCUGACAGUCUCAGGUGCAACCACGAAACCCCCAGGUGAGGCCCUGCCGCCCUCAAGUGCGAGCCCAGAACCCUCAGGUGUGCCCCCAGGUGCGAUUCUGGGACCCUCAAGUGAGAACCUGACACACCCAGGUGAGCCCCAGGAGGGCCAGGUGCGCCUGGCCGGGGGCCCGCACAGGUGCGCGGGGCGCGUCGAGGUGUUCCACGCGGGCAGGUGGGGCACGGUGUGCGACGACACCUGGGACCUGGCGGCCGCGCGGGUCACCUGCCGCCAGGUGCGCUGCGGCCCCGCCCUGUGGGCGCCAGGUGCGGCGCAGUUCGGGGAGGGGGCGGGGCCCAUCUGGCUGGACGGGCUCAGGUGCACCGGGAGCGAGGCUCACCUGGCCGAGUGCCCCGGGCACACCUGGGGGCAGCACACCUGUAACCACGCCGAGGACGCCGGGGCCGCGUGCGCAGAGUCGGAGGCCCCGCCCCCUCCCCAGGUGCGUCUCUCAGGUGCGCCCGACAGGUGCGCGGGGCGGGUGGAGGUGCUGCGCGCUCACCUGUGGGGCACCGUCUGCGACGACACCUGGGGGCUGCGCGAGGCUCAGGUGCUCUGCGCUCACCUGGGCUGCGGCCCCGCCCUGGAGGCACCGGGCGCGGCCAGGUACGGCCGGGGGGCGGGGCCCAUCUGGCUGGAUGACGUCACCUGCACGGGGGAGGAGCCCGACUUCUUCAGGUGCGCCCACCGCACCUGGGGGGAGCACAACUGCCACCACGGCGAGGACGCGGGCGUGGUCUGCGCAGGUAACUCGAGCUCAGGUGAGGUGCGGUUGGUGGCCGGGCCUCACCUGUGCGCAGGUAGGGUGGAGGUGCUGCACGAGGGGAGCUGGGGCAGCGUCUGCGACCGCGGCUGGGACCUGAGGGACGCCCAGGUAGUCUGCCGCCAGGUGGGCUGCGGGCGGGCGCUGUCGGCGCCAGGUGGGGCGCGCUUCGGGCAGGGCUCGGGCCAGGUGUGGCUGAGCGAGCUCACCUGUGCGGGCAGCGAGCGGCACCUGGGCCAGUGCCCCGCCCCUCCCUGGGGCAGCAACACCUGCGGGCACGGCCAGGACGCGGCGGUGGAGUGCGCAGCAGCCUCUCCCCCCUCCCCCUCACCUGUCCCGGGGGCUCCCCAGGUGCGCCUGGCCGGGGGCCCGCACAGGUGCGCCGGCCGGGUGGAGCUGCUGCACCUGGGCAGGUGGGGCUCGGUCUGCGACCACUCCUGGGACCUGGCGGCCGCGCGCGUCACCUGCCGCCAGGUGAGCUGCGGCCCCGCCCUGGGCGCGCCCAGCCGCGCGCGCUUUGGCCCAGGUGAGGGCCCGGUGUGGCUGGGCCAGGUGCGCUGCACAGGUGAGGAGCUCACCUUGGACAGGUGCGAGCGGCGGCCCUGGGAGGAGCACGACUGCGGGCCGGAGGAGACGGCGGCGGCCGUGUGUGCAGGUGAGGAUCCCCCCCAGGUGCGGCUGCGGGGCGGGGCCGGGCCCUGCGCGGGGCAGGUGCAGGUGCUGCUGAACCGCACCUGGCUGCAGGUGUGCGGCCUCACCUGGGGGCUGCCCGAGGCGCAGGUGCUGUGCCGGCAGCUGGGCUGCGGCCCCGCCCUCGGCGCACCUGUGGGGCCGCACCUGCCCGAGCAGGGGCCUCACCUGGCCGGGCUCACCUGUGACGGCUCCGAGUCGCAGCUGGCCGAGUGCCUGGAGCGGGGGGCGGGGCCGAGCACCUGCGCAGGUGGGGCGGCAGAGGCCAGGUGUGCCCUGCCUGCAGGUGCUGCCCCCACCUGUGCCUACCUGGUGGUGCUGCUGGUGCUGCUGACGUCACUGGGCGGGGCCCUCCUCUGGCUCACCUUGCGGGCCAGGUGUGUCCCAGCUCACCUGGACGCCCCGAGGGCCCCCGGCAACAUCUACCUGCCCAGGAGGGCCUCACCUGGCCAGGUCGAGGCGCUGCAGCUGAUGGAUGAUGCCCCCUGAGCUCACCUGGUGGGGCUCACCUGGAACUCACCUGGUGGGGCUCACCUGGGGACUGGAACUCACCUGGGAUCCCUCACCUGGUGGGGCUCACCUGGACUGGAACCUCUCACCUGGGAUCCCUCACCUGGUGGGGCUCACCUGGGGACUGGAACCUCUCACCUGGCUGCUCUCACCUGGACUCCUCACCUGAACCUCACCUGGAAUCCUCACCUGCAAACCCUCACCUGGCCACCCUCACCUGGAAAUCUCACCUGGGAUCUCUCACCUGGAGUCCUCACCUGCAAUCUCCAACGGAACCUCUCACCUGGCCACCCUCACCUGCAAACCCUCACCUGGAAUCCUCACCUGAACCUCACCUGCAAUCUCUCAUCUGGCUGCUCUCACCUGAACAUCUCACCUGAAUCCUCACCUGGCUCCUCUCACCUGGAAUCCUCACCUGAACCUCUCACCUGAACCUCACCUGGAAUCCUCACCUGAACCUCACCUGGAAUCCUCACCUGAACCUCACCUGGAAUCCUCACCUGCAAACCCUCACCUGGCCACGCUCACCUGGCUGCACUCACCUGGGAUCCCUACGUGGAAUCCCUCACCUGAACCUCUCACCUGCAAUCUCUGAACCUCACCUGGCCGCCCUCACCUGGAAUCUCACCUGGAAUCCUCACUUGAACCUUACCUGGCCACUCUCACCUGGCUGCUCUCACCUGGAAUCUGCACCUGGAAUCUCUUACCUGAACCUCUCACCUGGAAUCCCUCACCUGGCCGCUCUCACCUGGAAUUUCUCACCUGGUCGCCCUCACCUGGAAUCUUUCACCUGAACCUCACCUGAACCUUACCUGGCCGCUCUCACCUGGAAUCCUCACCUGGCCACUCUCACCUGGCCGCUCUCACCUGGAAUCCUCACCUGGCCGCUCUCACCUGGAAUCCUCACCUGGCCGCUCUCACCUGGCCACUCUCACCUGGAAUCCUCACCUGGAAUCCUCACCUGGCUGCUCUCACCUGGAAUCCUCACCUGGCCGCUCUCACCUGGCCGCUCUCACCUGGAAUCCUCCCCUGGAAUCCUCACCUGGCUGCUCUCACCUGGAAUCCUCACCUGGAAUCCUCACCUGGCUGCUCUCACCUGGCCACUCUCACCUGGCCGCUCUCACCUGGAAUCCUCACCUGGCCGCUCUCACCUGGAAUCCUCACCUGGAAUCCUCACCUGGCUGCUCUCACCUGGAAUCCUCACCUGGAAUCCUCACCUGGAAUCCUCACCUGGCUGCUCUCACCUGGCCGCUCUCACCUGGAAUCCUCACCUGGCUGCUCUCACCUGGAAUCCUCACCUGGAAUCCUCACCUGGCUGCUCUCACCUGGAAUCCUCACCUGGAAUCCUCACCUGGCUGCUCUCACCUGGAAUCCUCACCUGGAAUCCUCACCUGGCUGCUCUCACCUUGCUGCUCUCACCUGGAAUCCUCACCUGGAAUCCUCACCUGGCUUCUCUCACCUGGAAUCCUCACCUGGAAUCCUCAUCUGGAAUCCUCACCUGGAAUCCUCACCUGGCUGCUCUCAUCUGGAAUCCUCACCUGGAAUCCUCACCUGGAAUCCUCACCUGGCCGCUCUCACCUGGAAUCCUCACCUGGCUGCUCUCACCUGGAAUCCUCACCUGGAAUCCUCACCUGGCCGCUCUCACCUGGCCACUCUCACCUGGCCCCUCCCCCCUCUUUAGCAGCUCAGGUGUCCCCGUACACCUGGGCAGGUGAAUAAAUAAAAAAUGGCGUCUGGA